AAAGUGUUUCCACCCCAUUCCAUUGCCAAGAAGAGCCUUGUGACUUAAAUUAAUCUGCCUCCCUUUCUGUGAUAUUUAGUCCACUGGUAAAACUCCCAGAGUCAACUUCAAAGUUGCCAGGAUACAUCCUGGCAACAAAGGCUGGGGUUCCUGUUCCAGGCAGCCAGCCUCACAUACUACAUGAACUCUUGCAAGAGGGGAUGUGAACCGUGGAGCUCCCAGCUAUUCGGCUCCUGUUUCCGCCAACUCCCUCACUGAGGGGUUCAGCAGGCCAUGACAAAAGCCAAAAUAGAAAGAUGAAGAACAACUGUUACAAGAUCUUGGAGGCAUCUGAGGUUUCAUGGGGACUUUCCAGCAUUCCAGACUGCUGCCCUGCAAUGAAGCUCUGAGUCACUGUCUUUGGGUCUAAGGUACUGGCUACAAUGUGGAACCCCAGAACAGCCAACCUGACUAACCUUCUCUCUAAGCAGAAGCCCAAAAUAUGUCUGGCCUGAAAUCAGAGCAAGCACUAGAGAAAGACUUCUUUGUUAAUGGAAAGAGGAAAGGAGAAAAGGGUUUCCAACACGUUGCAACAGUCUUUCCACCAUUCUAAAGAGCCCACCUUCCUUAUAAACCAAGCUGUUCUAUCUAGUGCAUCCCAUUCUAGCUUUUUGACAGAAAUAGAGCAUGUCAAUCCUGGUGAAAAAAUAAAGACUAACCCUCAGAAAAAUAGACCUGGAACUGUAGUACUCCUAAAACGGUCUAGUAGGAGGAUUAUGUCGGAAAGUCAGCCCAGCCCCCCUGUGAUCCCAUCCCACAGGCCCGGGUUCCAAGUGUGCUAUAUCUGUGGCCGAGAAUUUGGGUCCCAAUCGCUUGGCAUUCAUGAGCCCCAGUGCUUGGAGAAGUGGCGUACUGAAAACAGCAAGUUGCCCAAGCACCUGAGGAGGCCAGAACCUUCCAAACCACUGCCUCUCAGUGGAAGUGGAUCCUACAAUCUUCAGGAAGCAUUCCAGAGUUCCCAGGCUCAGCUGCUGCCCUGUGAAUCCUGUGGCCACAGGUUCUUGCCAGAUCGGCUUCUUGUUCAUCAGAGAAGCUGCAAGCUGAAGGGUGAAGGGCCCAGAGCACCAAACCCCAACAGUUCUGAUAAUCUUGCUGCUCUCAAGAAAGCUUCUGGUGGCAUCCCAACCCAACCAAGGGCUCUCAUCUACUACGUUUGUGGUAGGGAAUUUGGCACUCUGUCCCUUCCUAUACAUCAGCCCAAAUGCCUGGAAAAGUGGAAAAUAGAAAAUGACCGGCUCCCCAGGGAGUUCUGCCAGCCACUACCACGGAAGCCUCCUCCCCUUCCAACUGGACAGUCCAACCAAGAGGGGUUGAGUCAAGCUCAGCUCAUACCCUGCCCAAAUUGUAGCCGGACCUUUGCCCCUGACAGCUUUCUGGUACACCAGAGAAGUUGUACAGCUCAAUCUAGUGGGCCAAAAGUUCAGGAUUUGACAUUAUGGAGUAAAGGUGUCCUCAAAGAGUCCACUAAUUCCAAGCAGCAAAGGAACAUAGCAGUACCCACUGUGACUGAUAAGCCAACAAUGAUAAGGCAUCCACCAACAGUUGCUUGCUACAUCUGUGGUCGUGAAUAUGGAACAAAAUCAAUUUUCAUCCAUGAGCCACAAUGUCUGAAAAAAUGGCAUAAUGAAAACAACUUGUUGCCUAAAGAGCUAAGGAGACCAGAACCGAAAAAGCCAAAAGUCAGGACCAUUACUGCCAAGGGUUUCUAUGAUCUUGAUGCCUUAAACGAAACUGCUUGGACAAGUGCCCAGAGCCAGUUGGUUCCCUGUAAUAUUUGUGGGCGUACCUUCCUGCCAGACAGACUGAUUGUUCACCAACGAUCCUGUAAACCAAAAGUCGCCAAGGAACAGCUUGAGGAAUGUCAAGGUGCCAACCGUGGGACUUCCACUUCUGGCUCCAGCCCCAGUUUCAUCUGAGCCGGCCUGCAAAUGUUACAGGGGAUCAAAUCUGAAGCAAGUUCAGUCACAAUGACAUCAAUCCAAGGGCUCCCAUCUUUCAUCAAGUCAAGUCACUGAAGUCUCACCAUUAAUAGGACAGAGCUCACCUGCUCCCUGCCAACUGCCCUCCCCCCAAUUUGUUCACAUCUGUGCAGAUUUUUGUACUCUAAAAAGGAAAAUGAUUUCUUUAACAAUGGUUGGCACAUCCGUGAGCUUUGAAUCUGAAUCUUGUAAUGGUUCCCAUAGAUAGUCUCCUAGGUGAUGAAGAGAUAUUAGAUGAAGGUACUUGGAGCUCUUACACUGGCUCAGGUAGGUAUUGGCUUGGGAUGCAAUGUUAUUAGAGGCGUCAGCAACAACACAAUUCCCUCUCUGCUCUGGCAACUGGUGCUGCACAAUCUUUUAUUGAAUUCCCCUUUAGUUGAGGUUAUGGGAAGAAUUCCAGGACUUCUUGAUGCUCAUUUGCACAUUAAAUUCACAUCAAAGUUGCGGGGCAUGUCUUAUCCGAAGGGAACACUGGAGACAGAACAAGCCUGUCCUACUAAGGGAUGUGGACGGGGAGACUCUCCUCCGGUGAGUAGGCAUGGAGAUCUGUUCGAGCUCCGUUGUGGGAG